AUGAUAAGCAGCACACUUUUGAAACAGUACUUGCUGUAUAUCAACCAACAUACCUGCCUACAAAAAUUAAAAUGUAUACAUUGGAUGAACAAAAAAGCAUUGCCCCAAGAAGCCUACUGUCCAACCACCAUCGAACAUAUAGCAAACAUCCUCACUCAUGGUAUUUGGAUCAUUCCAAGCAUUGUGGGCACAUUAGAAUUAGUUAACAGAUCCAAGGAUAGUGAUCACCUGCUUUCAGCUCUCAUUUAUGGGGCCACUCUGAUAUUUCUGUUCUCUAUUUCAACUUCAUUCCAUUGUGUUUUCUACUGUAAUAAGUACAGGCACUUGAAAAAUGUCCUCCACCGUUGUGAUAGAGCCAUGAUCUAUGUGUUCAUAGCGGGCUCCUACUUUCCAUGGCUGACGCUGGAGCCCCUACCGCACGAAGGUUGGGCCUCCCGGAUGCGAUGGAUAGUGUGGUGCCUCGCCUUCAUCGGCAUCGCCUACCAACAGAUCUUCCACGAAAAGUACAAAAUGCUCGAGACUAUCUUCUAUGUGAUCAUGGGCAUCGGUCCGGUCUUCCCCAUUUUGGUCGAGCACCACAUCAUGGGAAUCUGGGAAUUGUCAGUUGGCGGAUUGUUGUAUGUUGUGGGCAUAGCGUUCUUCAAAAGUGAUGGGGUGCUACCAUUCGCUCAUGCUAUAUGGCAUCUUUUUGUCGUACUAGCUGCUUAUUAUCAUUAUUACGCUAUACUGAACUACCUGUAUCCAUUGUCCAUGAUGACUUGAUGUUAAUGCCAAAAAUUCUGUAUUGUGAUGCGUUUGAUAUUAAUGUGUGUUUUUGUUUGUUCGUAUUGGCGAUGCAAAGAUUUACACGCGCAACUCUAGUGUGA